CUUUGUAUUCAGUAAAACUGUAAAAGAAGAACAUAGAAACAAAGAAUGGCGACCGAGGAAGAUAGCGCUGUGAAGGAGCCUUUGGAUCUCAUUAGGCUCAGCCUCGACGAGCGCAUCCAUGUCAAGCUUCGAUCCGACCGUGAACUCCGCGGAAAACUCCAUGCUUAUGAUCAGCACUUGAAUAUGAUCCUUGGUGACGUUGAAGAAAUUGUUACCACUGUUGAAAUCGAUGAUGAAACAUAUGAAGAGAUAGUUCGGACUACAAGGCGCACGGUGCCAUUCCUCUUCGUUAGAGGAGAUGGUGUGAUAUUGGUUUCCCCGCCACUGAGGACAGCUUGAUUUCGAGACUCGAGAGGAAGUGUACCAUUAACUCAUAGGACACUGCUGUCACAUGCUUUAUGCCCUGUAUUCUUAACCUCAUCAAGCUUUUCUCAAGUCUUACUGAAUGAAUAUUUUUAGGAGC